GUGGAAAAGCGUGUGAUGAAGAACAUUGAGGAAUAAUAACCCACCAGGUUUAGAAAAGGUUAAUUUCAAAAAUAGAUUUGUUAAUUGGGUUACAUUACAUUACAUCCAAUCCAGGGCAGUCCUCUGAUUUUCCAGCCUGUAGUGUCGGGCAAACAAAUGGUUAUGUCUGUUCCCUCUAUUCUUAGCCAUUUUCCAGUUUCCUUCCCAUUCCUCGUAUAAAUAUAUGCGUUGUUCUUCCAUCUACAGUCAGAGAGAAAAAGAGAUAUCAAAGAGAGAGAGAGAGAAAGAGGGUGAAAAAAAAAUGGGUAAAGGAGAUGAUCAAGAAGGUGUCGUAGCCGGGGGCUUCUUCUGGUCCUACACCGACGAACCCCAUGCCUCACGACGUCGUCAGAUCCUCUCCAAAUACCCUCAAAUCAAGCAACUCUUUGGCCCCGACUACUCCGCUUUCUUCAAGAUUAGUGGAGUUGUUUUGCUUCAGCUUGCUACCGGUGUUUUGCUUAAAGAUGCUGGGUGGGUGAAGAUAUGUUUAGUAGCAUACUUUUUUGGGUCAUUUCUGAACCACAAUCUGUUUUUGGCUAUCCAUGAGCUGAGUCACAACCUGGCCUUCUCAUCUCCAUCCUUGAACCGUUGGUUAGGGAUAUUUGCGAACCUCCCUAUAGGUGUUCCCAUGUCUGUUACUUUCCAGAAGUAUCACUUGGAGCACCACCGGUUCCAAGGUGUAGAUGGUGUUGACAUGGAUAUCCCUAGUCUUACCGAAGUUCAUCUUGUGAAAAACGUUGUUGCAAAAACCAUUUGGGUGUUUUUACAGCUAUUCUUUUAUGCACUUAGACCUCUCUUUCUUAAGCCAAAGCCUCCUGGCUGUUGGGAGUUCGUGAACUUCUCUGUUCAGAUUGGACUUGAUGUCUCAAUGGUUUACUUUUUUGGCUGGAAAUCGCUUGCUUAUUUGAUUCUUUCUACAUUUCUUGGUGGUGGGAUGCAUCCAAUGGCUGGCCACUUCAUUUCAGAGCAUUAUGUGUUCAAUCCUGAUCAGGAAACAUAUUCUUACUAUGGACCUCUGAAUUACCUCACUUGGCAUGUGGGCUACCACAAUGAACACCAUGAUUUCCCAAGAAUUCCUGGAAACAAGCUUCAUCUGGUGAAGGAGAUUGCUCCAGAGUUUUAUGAUAGCUUAUCAUGCUACAGAUCUUGGAGCCAGGUCAUUUACAUGUACAUCAUGGAUCGAACAAUUGGACCUUUUAGCAGAAUGAAGAGAAAGUCCAGUAAAGCUCAAUAGAUCAUCCACUCCUCCCUCUUUUGUGAUGUCUCAACUUUUCACAAUUUUCUGUGCAACACAACAAUCUAAUAUAGUUUUUGACCCAAAUAGCAAGUUCUUUGU